CUCUUCGCUCGCCUUCACAGACCACAGCUCCUCGCCACUGAUCGUCUACUCCACCGUCGACCACCUCCUUAUCGGCGGUGCUACUAUCAACCUCCCACCGCCGCUUCCAAUCUGCCAAGCGCCUCAGAAAUUGAUAGAGCAAUAAUGUCAACCGACUCCUCAAGUGAAGAAGAUUCCUUUACUGAUGUAUGUAACUACAGAGAUAGAGCACCUUCCCAUUACCUACUACAUGUUGAAUCAUUCUCCAGUCUUACUAAGAUGCUAAAGGAAGGCGGACUUCAGUGUUACAAGUCUAAAGUUUUUGAAGCUAGUGGCUAUAAAUGGAAAUUAUCAAUCUACCCUAAUGGUGAUGCAAGUAGGAGUAGUGAGGGAUAUAUCUCUAUGUUUCUGUCUAUUGAAGACACAUCUGCAUUGCCUAAGCGGUGGGAAAUAUACACAAAUUUGAAGUUCUUUAUAUUUGAUCAGAAUCGUGACAAAUACUUGAUCUUCCAAGAUGAUCAAGUAAGCAGGUUCCAUCAAUUGAAACGAGAAUGUGGCGUCAAGGAAUUGAUCUCUCGUGAUGAAUUUGAUGAUGCUGCCAAUGGGUGCCUUGUUAAUGACAGAUGUGCUUUUGGAGUUGAGGUUUUUGUGCUUGAUUCUAAGUUUUCUGGAGAAUGUUUGAGCCCGUCAGUAAAAGUUGAUAAAACCUAUACUUGGAAGGUGUUUAAGUUCAGUCAUUUGGGCGGCGACGGUACAAUUCAUUAUUCUAAGGAAUUUGAUGCAGAGUCUUUCAAAUGGAAGUUGGCAUUCUACCCGCGCGGAAAUCGCAAGCCAUACGGGAAACACCUUUCUUUGCAUUUGGAGCUUGUUGAUCCGGGAAUCACUUCUCCUAGACUCCUUGUGCAUUUCGAGUUAUCCGUACUAAACCAGAAAUCUGAGAACCAUAUAGAGGCUAAAGCUUGUGAAUAUUUUGAUCAUCAAUCUUCAUUCUGGGGCUGGGAUGAAUUUGCGCUGUUGACUGAUCUGCGGAACGAGACUAAUGGCUUCAUUGUUGAAAAUUGCUUGAUCAUUAAAGCACACAUCAAGACUCUGUCAAUCAUAGACAGCUAAGCUUCUUCUAUUUGCAACUAAAUAUAUAUGGUAUUAGUAAAAAUGGUGGAACGUGUGCUAAGGUCCCCGAAUGGAGUAUUAAGUUUUUGACAUUAGAAAUGCGGACGCAUGUGUUUAAUGUUAGAUUGGAAAUUAAUAGUUUUGUGUUAACAUUAUCCCAGGUUGAUUUACUAGUCUUAUUACUUUAUGGUUUGAUGCAUGAUUACUUACAAGGCGUACCGGGUUCACAGAAUAAUUUACCGUAUAAUGAUUGG